AACGAUGCGUAUUUGUAAUUAGGGUACCGUUAUCUUCUUCACGUGUUAGCCGCGUCUUCUUCGCAGAGCAACUGCAACUGCAGAUUCGCAAUAGCUGCAAGCGCAAGUAAGUUAUUUUCUUCUUCCUUCUUCUUCUUUCUUCUCCACCGCCGAAACCAGUAAAAACUACCCUCUGUCGAAUCCAGAAGAAGUAUAUUGCGAAAUAACCCCCACCAUAUCCUUGACCGUAUCGCUCGUGUGUCCAUGGCGUAUCGAAGACGUACCGGAUGGUCAACAUAACAGAAAAGCCCACGAUACGUCGUUUUCCGUAUACGUAUCGGAGGAGUAUCCGAUACGAGCAUACCCCUCGCCGGCGUAUUGGUGCAACAUAGCUUGUAACAGUUCGACAUUUGGUUCAAUUAUUCCUGAACCGGCGUUUAUCCAAAACCGAACCGAUACUAGCAGCCGAGUCAUUAACCGACUCGAAAAUACCAUAGGGUGCUAAACCCUCUUUGAUUUGUCUCCUCCAUCUCGUCGUUUCUUCUUCCUCCUCCGUCCUCACUCGACUCACAUUCACAUUCACCCAUCUCUUUCUCUCUUCCUCGCAGUCUGUUUCCCUCUGUGAUUGGUCUUCCUCGCCGUCGCUUUCCCUCCCUCUGCGGUUGAGGUUUUAGGUUAUAGGGUUUAUAAUACGGCUACAACUUUUUCUCUCUGAUAAUAGAAUUUAUAAGUCUUAGGUUAUCUGUAAAAGCAGAGCUUAAUCACAAUGAAGGUGAAUGUAAUAUCUCGGUCCACAGAUGAAUACACUAAAGAACGAAGCCAAGACCUCCAGAGGGUAUUCCGUAAUUUCGACCCCAACAUCCGAACGCAAGAGAAAGCAGUGGAGUAUGUCCGGGCAUGUAACGCCGCAAAAUUAGAGAAGAUUUUUGCGAGGCCAUUUGUUGGAGCAAUGGAUGGACAUAUAGAUUCUAUUUCCUGUAUGGCAAAGAAUCCAAACCAUUUGACAUGAAUAUUUUCUGGUUCAAUGGAUGGAGAUAUUCGGCUCUGGGAUAUAGCUUCCAGGCGAACAGUUUGUCAAUUUCCUGGUCACCAAGGUGCUGUGCAAGGUUUAGCAGUAUCUACAGAUGGGCGUGUUCUUGUUUCUUGCGGAACUGACAGCACUGUCAGGCUUUGGGGUGUACCUGUUUCUACUCUUCUGGAGGAAGAUGUCUCAUCUGAUAAAUCUGCUCCACUGGAAACUUAUGUUUGGAAGAAUGCAUUUCGGGCUGUUGAUCACCAGUGGAAUUUUGAUCGUUUUGCUACAGGUGGAGCUGGAGUAGAUAUAUGGAACCACAACAGGUCUGCACCAGAGCAGAGUUUUGAAUGGGGAACAGACACAGUUGUAUCUAUAAAAUUUAAUCCUGGACAGCCAGAUAUCUUGGCAACAUCCGCAAGUGAUCGCAGCAUAGCAAUAUAUGACUUGCGCAUGGGGAAACCAGCAGCGAAGUUUAUUAUGAGGACAAGAACCAAUUCCAUUUCUUGGAAUCCAAUGGAGCCAAUCAACUUCACUGCUGCAAAUGAGGACUCCAAUUGCUAUAGCUUUGAUUCUAGAAAGCUUAAUGAAGCUAAGUGUGUGCACAAGGAUCAUGUAUCUGCUGUGAUGGAUAUUGAUUAUUCUCCAACUGGUCGAGAAUUUGUCACUGGAUCUUAUGACAGAACAGUGAGAAUUUUCCAGUAUAAUGGUGGUCACAGCCGGGAAAUUUAUCAUACAAAGAGAAUGCAAAGGGUGUUUUGUGUCAAGUUCAGCUGUGAUGCUAGUUAUGUUAUUUCUGGGAGUGAUGACACUAAUCUUAGGCUUUGGAAGGCUAAAGCAUCAGAACAAUUGGGAGUUCUUCUUCCAAGGGAACAGAAAAAGCAUGAGUAUAAUGAGGCUGUCAAGAAUCGCUACAAGCACCUUCCGGAAGUCAAGCGUAUUGUGAGGCAUAGGCACCUACCAAAACCAGUAUACAAGGCAGCUGCAACAUUGCGUGAGAUGACCGAAUCUCGGAGAAAGAAACAUGAGAAGAGGAAGGCGCAUAGCGCCCCUGGAAGCAUCAUUGAAGAGCCAUUACGGAAAAGAAAAAUCAUCAAAGUUGAGUGAUAAAUGUGGGUAGUUUGUAAUCGGCUCCUGCAUAUCCAUGUCAGAGAAUGGAUCUUUCAUAUGCAAUGUUCGUGAGCUGCAUACCAGCGCCUUUACAGUUCAAUUGAUUUCCCAAUCACCUAUCCUCGUCGUGCACGUGCCGUUUCUAUGGUGGCUUUGUCGGACUAUGUUUUGUUCAUGCUAUAGUAACUUUAGGUCAGUGAGGGAUUUGUCUUUCUCUUGUUUAGCCUCGUGCAAUUUUGUCUGGAAAAAUAUGUAACUGAAUAUUGAAAGGUAUAUUGAGGGGACUAAUCUUUUUCAGCCUGUGGACUAAAUUACCCGUAAUCUCUUGUAAUAGACUGCCUAACCCAGAAGUAAUACAUGGAAUUAGAAGUCAA